UUAUUCGGCUUCAUGCUAAUUGUUGCCUCCCUCCAAAAGAAAAUUUUGGCCCAACUUUUGGUGGGGCUUGAAAAAUGAACAGCUUCUUUCAUAUGAACAGUUCUUGUUGUUUAUGCAUUUCCAGGACAUUGUAAGUGAACACCCAGUACGGUUCUUUGUUGCUGAAAUUAUCAGAGAGAAGAUAUUUCUGCAGUCUCGCAACGAGGUUCCUUAUGCAUGUCAGGUAAAUGUGGUGAACUACAAAACAAGGCCAAAUGCAAAAGAUUUCAUACAAGUAGAAAUUGUUGUUGAGAAAGACUCCCAGAAAAUCAUCCUCAUUGGAAAAGGAGGGAAAGCUCUGAAAAUACUUGCAACAACUGCUCCACUUGACAUAGAAUAUUUCCUACAGAAGAAAGUCUUCCUCGAGAUUGGAGUGAAAGUUAAAGAGAAUUGGCGGCAAGAUGAAGGGCUUUUGAAAUAUUAUGGCUAUGGAGGGCAAAUUCGAGCACUGUAACAUCGUCCCUCAUUUGGUACAGUUUUCUUCUUCUUUUUUUUUUUUUGUAUAAUUUUUAAGAGUAGUUUAUGAAAAAUGUUUGAAUCAGUUUUGACUAGUGUUGGGGUUCAAGAAAUUGUA